UUUGACAACUGCAUUUGUUUAUCUUCUUACUUGAGUUUUGCCGCUUGUGUGUGGUGUAGAUUUAUUUGAAUUUCGUCAAUAAAAGUUUAAUUUCAAUCAAUUUAAAUAAAAUACAAUGCGAUUAUACUUAUAGUUAUUACGUGAAUUAAUUAUGUGGACUAAACUAACUUUAUUCUCACGUUCCCUGCCGAUAUCUCAUAGGAUUCACCUAUUCAGCAGAAAAUCCCGCCAAUCGAUAGCACGUAGUUUGAGCACCACCAAGCCCCUCAGCAAGGACGGCGACAUUCCGUGUGAUCGGAUCCCGGUCAGCCGGAUUCGUAAUUUCAGCAUAAUUGCUCAUGUCGACCAUGGCAAGAGCACCCUGGCCGAUCGCCUGUUGGAACUGACCGGGACGAUUGCGAAGAAAGCCGGCAACAAACAGGUACUGGACAGUCUUCAAGUGGAGAAGGAACGCGGCAUCACGGUGAAGGCUCAGACGGCCUCGUUGGUGUACCGAUAUGAGGGGGAAACGUAUCUGUUGAACCUAAUCGACACCCCGGGGCAUGUGGACUUUUCCAAUGAGGUGUCCCGUUCGUUGGCCGCCUGCGAUGGGGUGAUUCUGCUGGUGGAUGCCAAUGAGGGAGUGCAGGCGCAAACAGUGGCCAAUUUCCAUCUGGCCAAAUCGAAGCAGUUGGUCAUUGUGCCGGUGUUAAAUAAAAUCGAUUUGAAGAAUGCCCGCCCGGAUGCGGUGACACAGGAACUGUUUACGUUGUUUGAAAUUGAUCCGGACGAGGUGCUGCGAAUUUCUGCCAAAGCUGGGACCGGGUGUGAGGAGGUAUUGAAGGAGAUUGUUAAAAGACUACCAGCGCCGGAUGCCCGGAGAGAGCAAAAUUUUCGUGCGAUGAUAUUUGAUAGUUGGUUUGAUCGGUAUCGCGGUGCGUUGAAUUUGAUUUUCGUGAAAGACGGCGAUGUUCGGACUGGGCAGGAGAUAGUUUCGUGUCACACGGGAAAGACUUAUGAGGUCAAGAGUUUGGCAAUGUUGCAACCGGAUGAAAGGAAAGUUGAUAGGCUUGUUGCAGGGCAGGUGGGAUUACUGGGGUGCAAUAUGAGGACUAGUAAGGAAUCUAACAUUGGUGAUACUUUGUAUGCUAAGAAAGACAAAACAUGUGUUCCAUUGCCGGGUUUCAAGCCUCAGCAACCGAUGGUUUUUGCAGGAGUUUACCCGGCAGACCAAUCUCAACAUCCGUACUUGAAAAGUGCGAUUGAAAAGUUGGUGUUAAAUGAUUCUGCCGUGACCGUAACACCGGAUUCGAGUCCUGCUUUGGGGCAAGGAUGGCGAUUAGGAUUCUUGGGACUUUUGCAUUUAGACGUAUUUAGUCAAAGACUUCAGCAGGAGUACGAUGCAGAUCCCAUUCUCACUGCCCCUUCAGUAACCUAUAGAAUAAAACUGAAAGGAGCCAAGAUUAUUGCGGCACAUGGAGGUAGUGAGGAGAUUUACAUAAGCAAUCCAGCUCUGUUUCCUGAUAAGACCAUGGUCGAAGAAUACUAUGAACCGUAUGUGUUAGGAACGAUCAUCGCUCCAACAGAAUGCACUGGACCUGUUAUCGGGCUGUGUGUCGAGCGACGAGCCAUCCAAAAGACCUCAAUCAACAUCGAUAACGAUCGGAUAAUGACCACGUACCUGAUGCCGCUGAACGAGAUCGUACUGGACUUUUACGAUCAAUUGAAAUCCAUCAGUUCCGGAUAUGCCAGUUUUGACUACGAGGAUCAUGGUUACGUGGCGAGUGCUCUGGUUCGGAUGGACAUUCUUCUGAAUGGGCAGCUGGUUGAUGAACUGUGUACAGUAGUGCACAUUAGCAAGGCGCAAACCCACGCCAGGGAGCUGGUGCUAAAACUGAAGGACUUAAUUCCCAGACAGAUGGUGCAGAUCGCCAUUCAAGCGGUAGUAGGUGGAAAGAUUGUAGCCCGAGAAACUUUGAAGGCAUAUCGGAAGGAUGUGACUGCUAAACUGUAUGGCGGUGACGUGACUCGAAGGAUGAAAUUGCUCAAACAGCAAGCUGAAGGGAAAAAGAAAAUGCGUUCAGUCGCGAACAUCAAUGUACCCAAGGACACGUUUAUUAACGUGCUGAAGCGAUAAUCCUUGGAAUCUUUCCGGCAGGUAAGUCUAGAAAAUU